AACCGUACUUUUUUAUUUUUAUGUUUUAUUUAUAAUCUGUUUAUAAUCAAGAUUUUUAAUUUCCUACGUUAGUGCGAUGUUAGUUGUAAAUAUGUUUAAUAAGAAUGUAAAAUGUUUGUUAAAUCUAUACAAAUUGAAAUUAAACAAAAGAUUCAAUCAUACAUGGAUACAGCCAGAAGGAUACAGAACACCCAUUAAAGUGUAUAAUUGUGUAACAAGACAAAAUGAACCGUUUAUAGUGAAAAAUAAGAAUUUUGUUACUUGGUACACAUGUGGCCCCACAGUAUAUGACUCUUCCCAUAUUGGACAUGCAGCUUGUUACGUUAGAUUAGACAUCAUCCAAAAGAUAUUAAAAACAUACUUUGGUUUAAACUUGGUUACUUGUAUGAACAUUACCGAUAUCGAUGAUAAAAUUAUACAGAAAUCUAUCGAAACAAAAACUCACUAUAAGGAGAUUGCUGAAAAAUAUGAAAAAGAAUUUUGGCAAGACUUAAAAACUGUAGGUAUAUCCAAACCAGACAUUGUCGUUCGAGUAACUGAAUAUAUUCCUUUGAUUAUUGACUUCAUUAAAAAAUUAGAACUUGAUGGAACAGCUUAUGUAGGAAAAGAUAAUUCAGUGUACUUUGAUGUUUCAAAAGGCUGUAAACAUUAUGGCAAAUUGCAAACAAUUACAGAUUCAUUACCAGAUAAAAGCAAUUUGUUCAAAAGGGCCCCAGCUGAUUUUGCUUUAUGGAAAAUUAGAAAAUCAGAAACAGAACCAUCUUAUCCAAGCCCUUGGGGCCAGGGAAGACCUGGCUGGCAUAUAGAAUGUUCCUCCUUAGCUUCCAUGAUUUUUGGCAACAAUAUUGAUGUUCAUGCUGGAGGGAUAGAUUUGAGAUUCCCACACCAUGAAAACGAGGAAGCCCAAAGUUGUUCCUUCCAUGGAAACAAUCAGUGGGUCAAUUACUGGAUUCACACUGGACAUUUACAUUUAAAAGAUUCAGUUAAAAUGAGCAAAAGCCUAAAAAAUACAAUUUCCAUUAAGGAUGCUUUGGAAGACAGAACUAGUGAUGUUUUUCGCUUUUUAUGUGCCACGUCUCACUACAGUCAACCGAUAGAGUAUAGUGAUGAAUUAUUAGAUACAGCAGCUAAUUUACUAAAGAUAUUCAAGAACUUCAUAAACAUGUGUGAUGAAAUAGAGAAAGGACUUAUUAAAGUUUCUUUAGACAAUACAAUUUUAAACAAUGUAAUAGCACACUCUAUUUGUGAAAUUGACAAAGCAUUAUGUGAUAAUUUUAAUACUCCAAGAGUUGUGCAAUUGCUUAGUCAAAAUGUGACGAAAAUUAACACCAUGAUACAUGUUAGUGAUAAGUCUCAAGUGUAUUUGGACAAAAAUUUUCAUUUGCUUUUAGCUUUCAAGAAUAUAGUAUGCUCUACAUUAAGUUUAUUUGGCAUAGAUUUUAAGGGUGAUAUUCAGACAGCAAAUGAAACACAUUCAACAGAUGUAAUAGAACUAUUAGUGAAAUUUAGACAAAAUAUAAGACUAAUAGGAUUAGAAAAUAAAAAUGUAGAACUUUUAAAAUUGUGUGAUAGUGUUAGGGACAAUUUAAACAAACAAGGAGUUAUGGUAAAAGACCAUGGAAAUGUAUCUUCGUGGAGUAUGUAGAUGAUUAAAACUAUUUUAGUGCUUAUAUUUUAUAUUUAUCUAUAAAGAUAUAAAAAAUUCAAUAAUUUAAUAUUUCUGCUCUUCUAAAAUAUCCAAAAUACUGACACUAAUUUACAAGAUAUAUUCUGUUAUAACAUAAAUCUUGAUUUAUUUUUAAU